AUGCGGCCAGCUAAGACAGGCGCCCCGCUGCCCGCGCUCCUCGUGCUUGCUCUGGCUUUGUCCCUGCCCGGGGCCCAGGGGAGGCCCCGGGGUGGCAGGGGAGCACGUGCCACGGACCAAGAACCCAAGUCGUGGCUUUUCCUCCCAGCGGCCAAGGCCGGCCUGGCUCCCAACGCCUCCCGGAGCGCUGAAAUAGUCCCAAGAGAUUUGAAUUUAAAAGACAAAUUCAUAAAGCAUUUCACAGGGCCAGUCACAUUUUCAGCUGAAUGUAGCAAACAUUUCCAUCGACUCUAUCACAACACCAGGGAUUGCUCAACACCAGCUUAUUACAAGAGAUGUGCUAGAUUGCUAACAAGAUUAGCAGUGAGUCCCCUGUGCUCACAGACCUAG